UCUCAGACUGGUUAGACCUGGUGGAGCAGGCAAUUGUGGGAUUGUAAGAUGAGGUGAAAUACCAGCGUAUUAUGAGGUACGUGCUCCAUAGGCACCAUCAGGAGGUGCAGAAGGUUGUGGAUGCUGCCCAUGGCAGUUGGGCAAGAUUCAGGGAGAGCAUGCUGCGCAAGUAUCGGUUGGGUGAUGGGUUGCUUACCAUCUCAGAUCUUGAGGGAAUGAACAAGGACGACUUCACCACGAUAGGGGCCUUCGUACAAGAGUUUAAUAAGAAGGCAAGGAAAGUUCACGGGAUCUCUGAGGAAAGGCAAUGCGCUAUCUUUCUGGGGCUGCUCACUGGGUCAGAGGCAGCGGAACUGACGAGUCAUGGAGCAGGCAGCGCAAAGCUUACCUGGGCCACCAUCGAUAGAGGAGUGGAGGAUGGGAGUUUAGACCAGGUAGAGCAACAUCAGAUGCGCCUGCAAAGGAGGAAAAGGAAGGAAAGGGACGCUACUGCAUCAGGGACCCCGGGGGUAAAAAUGAUCGUCACUGAUGUACUUGCGGCGUUAGGCUAUGGCCAGGAUGCCGAGGCGCAGAAGAAAGCGGUAGCCGUGGUCCAAGGCCGAGGGAAAAAGGUGAGGGAUGAAGGCGCCGGGCAAGAGGAUUACGGCCACACGAUUCGAUUCUGCCAGCAACGGCGGGAUGAUGAGCUUGCGGGCCUGAUUUCCUCCUGUAUGGAUGGGGAUAUAUACGACAAGUGGGGGGAACACAUUGACCCCAAGUCCCCAAGAGGAAUCAGGCAGGAGGCCCUCAGGCGGGCGGCGGUAGGGCCAUCGGCCGCCCCGACCUUGUUUAGAAUGUGGCAGGAGAGAGAAGACCCGGCCAUAAGAAUCGAAGAGAUCACGGGGGAUAGUGAGGAGGUUACGCAACGAUUAAAGGCCGGGGUCAUAAAGGAAGAGCCAAUAAUUGUUGAGUCAGAUGACGAGGGGAGAGAGGAUGAAGGGGGGCUGACCGUAACCACCCUGGAAAAGAUGGAGGAUUUGGUAGAAAAAAUGGGGAGGUACCAGCGGAGGCUGAAAGAGCUAUGUGAUGAAGUCCGAGGGUGGAGAGCCGACCUCCCAAAGGUCUUCCUCUAUGAGAUCGGGCCGGGGCCGGCAGCUGGACAACAGAGUAGCCCCGGGGUUGCCGUGGCAGGGCCUGGCCCCAGGUCAAGAAUGAUGUUCAGGCCGCCCAUCCCACAUGGGCGGGCGCCGCAAGCAACUCAAACCAGGAGCAAAAGUAAAGUGGGCCCUAGUCAGCCACCAAGUCAAGCGCCAAGUCAGGCACCUUCACGGAAGAGACCUGAGCCUGAGCGUAGGAAGGAGGUGGUCGAGGUCCAGGAAGAAGAGGAAGAGGGAGACGACACGGAGGAUGAGAGGCUUCGUCAGGAGGAGGAUCGGCGGAUGGAGCAAAGAGCCCAGAGAAGGGAGGCUCAGGAGAGAUCCGAGCCACAUCUACAGGAAGGUGUGCCCAGGAAGAGAAAGUACACCGUCAGGUUGGAGGAAGACUUCGACGUGGAAAGAAUGGUGGACCGGCUCCUUGAAGGUCAUAACGACCUUAUGAACUUGAAAGAUAUUCUGGCGUCAACACCAAGACUCCGGGAGGAGUUCAAAGGGCGAUUGUCCCAAAGGCUAGUGCCCAACGUGCAUUUGAGCGUCGUUCUGCCCAAAGAAGUGGGAUGGACACAAGCUGGGACAAGAAUGGACUGGAAGUGUGCGGCAUGCGGAUUGGUGGAUUUGGUAGUAAAAGAGAAGAAGUGCGUGGCGAUGAUGGAUACGGGCGCUGAAAUGAAUAUCAUUAGGGAACGAGAUGCGCUCAUGCUUGGGAUAGAGAUCGACCGUGCGGAUCACGGCGUGCUGCACGGAGCCAACUGCAAGGCAGUUUUUUGCGGCACCGCGUCGAAUGUGAUUAUAGAGAUUGGCAAGGUGCGAGCGAGGACGUGCUUUUUCGUCAUGCCGGACGUAGACCACCCUAUCCUUUUGGGCAGAUCGUUCAUGUGCAGGACAAAGACCUUGAUCUUCAAUAAGCACGAUGGGACGAUGAUAUUGAGCCAGCCUGUGGGAACUACGAAGUCGUCACCUGCCGGAACACGGGGCCAGAGAGCAAUCGGAAUAGGCCUAACCCCGGCUCAUUCACCUAUGUGGAAUCAGAGAACGAGCGGCGGAGUCUCGCGGAGGAGGUUGGACGAAUGCGGUGGCGAUGGUGCAGAGACAUAUGAUCAGGGCCAUGCAAACAGUCAGCCCGCACAUCACCCAGCCUUACAUCGACGACUUGGCGGAAAGGAGAAAGAGGAGGACGAGGUGCAGCCCGGAGUGAGACGCUUUGUUUGGAGGCAUAUCCAGGAUCUCGAUCGAGUCUUGGGUCUGCUAGAGGAGCACAACCUCACUGCGAGUGGGCCAAAGCCCAAGCACUGCAUGAGAGAAGCCACCAUCCUGGGGUUUGUUUGCAAUGAGAAGGGUCGAAAGCCGGACGUGAAAAAGACAGACAAAAUCCUAGAAUGGCCGGUGCCUUUCCAGACCAUAACGGAUGUGAGAAGCUUUCUUGGCACUUGCGGAUUUUGGAGCAGCUUCGUGAAAGACUUCGCCGCCAAGACUGAGCACUUAAGGAAGCUGGUGCGUCAGGACCAGGAAUGGGUUUGGGGCAAAGACCAGGAAGAAGCGGUAACCAGGAUGAAGGGAGAGUUCAGGGAAGGAGGAUUGGUGCUGGGGGCGUCAAAUUAUGAAGGGACAAAAGAAAAGUCAUUCAUCAUCGAAACAGACGCCGGACCAACUGCAUUGGGAGGAGUUUUGGUCCAGGCGGAUGCCGAAGGAAAGGAGAGGCCGCUAAGAUUCGAAAGCCGUUCUCUUAACACGACUGAGAGGAACUACUCUCAGUUUAAGAAGGAGACGCUUGCAGUACUCCAUUGUCUAAGGAUCUUCCGAAAUUAUGUCUUCGGCAGGAGAUUUAUAUUGAGGGAGGACCCUAUGGCGCUGGCCUGCUCUUUAAAGAAUUAUACACCAGUUGACCCAACCGUCGCUCGAUGGUGGACAUACAUUUGGAUGUUUAAUUUCGAGUUGGAAAGGAUCCCAGGAAACAAGAAUAGAGUUGAUGGCCUGAACCGCGUCAACUGGGACAGUGCGGAUAAGGGGUCGACCGAAGACACCCCGCCAGUCGACGGGUUCCUGGAUCAAGAAGAAGAUGUGCGACUCCAUAUAAACAAGUGGACUCUACGAGUACCCAGUUGUGUUAGCCAUCCCAUAUGGAUAGCACCAAGAGGAUAUGAGCGGAAGACCGACUUAGUCCUUAAGCCAUUUCAGGAAGAAGAUCCGUGGGGAGCGCAAAGGCCGGGAGAGCCCCUGCACCCAAGGCUGGAAAGGGAGGUGGGUGCGGUUGUACACCUGGACCUAUUGUUUAUGCCAAUUGAGGAAAAUGGGUACAAUUAUAUCUUCGAUGCUCGGGAUAACCUCACUGGGUUUGUGGACGGGCGGGCUAUCCAAACGAAGACUGGGCCAGUUUUGGCAAAUUGCAUCGAGGAGUAUUACCUGCGCUAUCCUUUCGUCAAGGAGUUCGUGAUGGAUCGAGGGUCGGAGUUUACCUGCAAUGAGGUGCGGACCUUGCUUGCUGGGUAUGGGGUAGUGGCCAACUAUACUACGGCCGCACACCCUCAAGCAAAUGCUCCUGUGGAGAGGGGGCACAAUACCAUCACGAAUCUCUUGGCUAAGUGGACGGAGGGCAAGCCUGGUCAGUGGCCGAAAUUCCUACGAGCGGUUUUUUUCGUGGAGAAUAUUACUGUGAAGGGGUCUACCAAGUAUGCGCCAGCCACGCUAUGGUACGAGAGGCACGACACCUUCCCUAUAAAAAGCUUUAUGAAAAUGUGGAGGCGCCAAGACUUGGAAGUAAACCUGUCCUUUGAAGAACUUCUCGACAUCCGGGCACGGCAAGUGGGAGCGGCCGAGGAAAGACUACGAGAGGCCGCUGGUCAGGUAGAGAGAAGCCGCAUGGAGGAUAAGAUGAGGUGAGAUCAAAUGGCCCGAGUGCGGAAAGAACCCUUGGCAGUGGGAGAUAGUGUACUAUUAUACGACUCAUCCCUGGAAAAGCAGUGGCCAAGAAAACUUGACAGAAGAUGGUUGGGGCCCUACAGGAUUGUGCGAUGCGGCGAAUUUGGGGCAUACCAGAUCGAAGAGCUAAAUGGCACGAAAUGAAAAGAUUGGGUAUCCGGGACAAGGCUAAAGAAGUUCGUGGCCAGGGAAUAGGUAAAGCCGCAAUCCCUCGCAAAAGCUAUAAAAAAAGAAAAAAGAAAAAUCCCAAGUAAAAGUCCCACUGGUUA